AGCCUGUAGCGUGCUGAAAUCCGGCCCUUGGUCCAGCCACCAAUCCUUCUCCAUGUCCAUACCAACAAGCUGAGAUCUUGUAUCGCAGCAACCAGCCCUCGACCACCACCUUACUUCUCCUACCAAGAUUACCUGUGUCCAGCACUUCACCACAUAUCCUGUACGACCCCUCUUGAGUUGGAUAAGGCCACGGAAACCACCGCAAAACACCACCUUCAGUCAAUAUCCUUUUUCCCCCGAAUGAUUUCUUCACUCGGUCCCAUAGCCAUGUCCUCGCCCUGGAAGAAACAGCCGGAGGAAGUGGUGGACUGUGUGCUCAAGCGAGCGGAAGUGAGCAAGAUUGCCCGUCACCUCCAGAAUCGUCUCGCCCUGGCCCAAUUCAAGGCCAAGCAUGGCUGGGAAGAUCUCACCCUCGACACUAUCGAACCGAAAUUUGAAGAAGAAAUGCGCCGUCGUCGAGCUCUCGAACCAGAUAACCAUUCCGACUCGUCUUCUUCGACCGCUUCUGACAUGCCGUACCCCUUUCCUGGCCGGAACAAUGCACUCAUGAGCUCGCCCUUGAAGGCGCCCCUCUUCUCUGAUGCUGUUGGGUCCAGCGGUGGCUCCUCAGGCCAUCGUAAACGCACGUACCUGGCCUCGUUCGACAACAUUGCUAAUGGCAAUGUGUUCUCGAGCCCGAGCAAAAGGUUCAGGGCCACUCCGACCAAACACAAAUCAUAUUCAAACGGCGAAGUCGUGGGCUGGAAGGAAUCUCACCAGCUGGCACAGUCUUCUCCUAUCAAGCCCCGCCGGCAACAACACUUUACGACUGCCACUGGUCCCGAUGUGUCCUUCUUUCACAAUCGACACCUUGCUGAGCUCACGUCGCCGAAUUUUGCCGCCCCUUCGGACGAUGAUGACGAUCUUCUCCCGGCGCAUUCGUUCAACGUACGCUCCUCGCCGCCUGCGCCUCGCACACCGCCCAUGAACACUCGAUCCCGGCGUAACAAAGAGAACAGCAGCAAAGCGAAUGGCAAGACCGGCGAGGAGGGAGCUGAUCUGCUCAUCUACCUCGCCAACUCACCGUCACCCGCUGUGAAAAACGGCCGCAAGCUCAUGGAGCCACCAUCUACCCCUCCUCAGCGAGGCAAGAAUCUCGACCUGCCGUCGUCCAUGAUGAUGACGCCAGGGGGUGGCAACCUCUUCCCCAACACACCAAGCCAAGUCUUUGACCUUGCCGAUUUUGUCAACAUCACCCCCAGCCCCGCGCAGAAGACGUGGAAAACGCCCGGCGGUCCUGUAGCCGCAAGAACACCCUUGAGCCAAGCAAGACGGAGGCUCACAUUUGAGGAGCCUCGUGCUUGAGUGACUAUUGGAACUACGUGGCGACCCACGCAGGACAAUUCUCCGGCAAUAUUUUCUAUGUACAUGAUACCACGCUGUCAACUUCACAAUGGCCUGCGACUCGUUGGCGUUGGCCCGCCAGCAUUCUCCUCAUGCGCAAUGGAGAAUUCGUGAUUUGGAUUACGAAGGCCUAGCGAGCACUCGAUACAUGUUUAGAGUCUUCUUGUUUAGUUUUGGGACUUUUUUUGAGCAGGCGUUCUUGUAUUGUGUUGUGCCCAUGAUGAAGUAGGAUAUGGAAGGGCGGACGGAAGGGCGGUGUUUCCAGUAGAUCCCUGGCGGUCACGAACACACAGUUACGUAGCGUGAGCUACUCCGACGGAAUCAAGACAUUCUACCCGUACACGUGCAUAGUAUCAUGUAGCUCUUGGGGAAUAAUGCACGCUUAUGAUUGUUAGAACUGUAAGCUUUCGUAAUGUCUCAAUACAG